AUGAAGCUGCCAAUGGUGCUUCGCACAACUGCUCAGCGUGGCCUGCUACCGUCAGCUGCUGCUCGAUCGGUUCCAGCGCGCUCUCUCACCUCGACAGAGAAGGUUCCAAGUCGCCAAUCACCUAGCAUUUUGACCAAGCUUUCGGCAGCUCCGACUCGAUCAUUCAGCGUCUCAAGGAGUGUGGCGCAUCCGACUGCCAAGUACACAGCCUCACCUUUGGCAGACAGCGAAUAUCACAAGCUCUCGAACCAUCUUCUGGACUCUCUCACCGAAACUCUCGAAACGCUACUUGAACAAGCAGACAUUGAGACGCUGGAAGAGCAGGCUCGUGCCCACAACAAGGGCGCCACCAGAGGCUCUCCAGCUUCGGAAUGGGAUAUCGAGUGUGCGUCUGGCGUAAUGAACUUGCGAUGUGGAGUGCACGGCACUUGGGUCAUCAACAAGCAGCCUCCGAACAAGCAGAUUUGGCUGUCAAGUCCAAAGAGUGGGCCCAAGCGAUUCGACUACGAUGCAGACAGCAACGCCUGGUUCUGUCUCAAGGAAGGCGAGACAUCUACCCUUCACGAGCUUCUGAAGAAUGAGCUCUCAGAGGUCUUUGACGCUGAGGUCGAGGUGCUGUUGCAAGAUGACUAG